AUGGCCGUAGAGAGAAUGGCUGGUCGAUCAGCGCCCUAUGGGCAAGCGUGUUUAAGCUGCUUCAAAACAAAAUGCAAGUGUAUUCCUCGUUCCGAUGGCAAUGGAUGUGAAAGGUGUCACCGUCUCAAGCGCCCAUGCCACCCCGCUGAUGCGCUACGUCGUCGCAGCGAUAAAAAGCAAAACUCAUCGGACGCCCGUAUCGCCAAACUCGAGGGCACAAUCGGCCAGCUAGUUUCUAUGCUCCAGACGGACAGUGUCCAGGGCGACAGAGUGGAUGUAUGGUCGCAGCAGCAGCAGCAGCAAUCACCGCCGCAACAACACCAACAGCAACAACAGCCACCCCCUCCCAUCGUUCCAUACCCAGACAUGGUCGCAGAACGGACCGAACGGACCGAAGGGAGCAAUGUGGGAGACUCACGCUCUGCUUUUGACGACAAUACCGAUACCGACGCUGUCGGUGGCUCUGCUUCUUGGUGGGGGAUGGACAAUGCGAACGGGCCUGGCGCCAGCGACAUCCAUGUUCACACCCCUCCGUCCUCGACCGUGUCGGGUGUGUUUAUGUCGCCCGCUGUAUCUCCAUCCUCUGUACCUCCAUCCUCUGGAUCGAUGUCUCUUGACAUCUUCUGCUCGCGUAUGCUACAUCACUUCCCGUUUGUUCAUUUGCCUGCCUGCUCCACAGCCGAGAAAUUGAGGCUAGACCGGCCGUUCCUGUUUCGCGCCAUUACUUGCGUGACAUCGGUAUCGGUUAAGGAUAAGAUGGCAAGCUCCCUCGAGCUGAAACGUGUGCUCUACGAGACGGCGUUUCUUCAACGGUUCCCGCAGCAGAACCAGGAACAACCACAGCAGCAAACAGUCGAUCUGCUGCUAGGCCUCCUCGUCUACAUUGCGUGGGGCUGGGAGCACCUGCACAGUCGUAACAGUAUGUCUCGACUUAUGGCGAUGGCCAUAUCGUUGGCCGGGGAAUUGCGUUUCCUGGAUGAAGCCGUACCAGGAAUAUCGCGCACAAUAAAUCACCUCGAACCAAAAGGCGGUUUUGACAAUGUCUAUCGCAACACAUCAGCAACGAGGGCAAUAAAAACACCGACAACGGAGGGUGCUGGGAUGACUAAUACCCAGCUCUACCUCGAGCGCCAGCGAGCCAUUCUAGGCUGCUUUGUGCUUGGGUCGGCCGUCUCAGCCUACUUCUCCCAUGUUGAUGCGCCGCGAUGGAUACCCCACAUGGACGAGGGCCUUGCUGCCAUUACCGUCAGCGGCCAUAGUGUUAGCGCAGAAUGUCCGUCUGAAUGUCCGUCUGAUGCUGCCUUGGCUAUUCAGGUCCGCCUACAGCUGCUCGCCACGAAAGCCGCCCAGGUUCGGGAGCGAGCCCAACUCCCCGACCAUCCCCCACAGGAUACUCUUCCACCUCCAACUCUCUCGUACAUCAAGGAGCUGAUGGGGCAGCUACAAGAGCUGAGGGCGGUUGUCCCUCCGGCAUUCCAACAUAACUUUGUGUUACUAGCCCAGACAUACUACACAGAGAUGUGCAUUAUCGAUGCCAUCCACAUCCAGGACUCUACUCGCCCGCCGCCGCCAAUAUGUGGACCUACUCGCACCUCCUGCUUUUGGCAGUCAGCACUGGCGAUCAAGUCGUGCACAUCAACAUUUUUGACCCUCUCGCCGUCUGGACUCCUUGGUAUUUCUUUCAUCCAGUGGGCCCAGCUGGUACGGUCUCUGGCCAAGCUGCACCAACUUAGCACGCUCCGGGAGCCUGGCUGGGAUCCAGACACUGUGCGAAAGCUCGUCGACCUACCCGCCCUGCUAUCAUGCACAGCAGACAAGCUGGGGCUUGCUGCUGCUGCUGAAUCUAGUCGGCAGCCAGCGUUAGCCGAGGGUGUAUUCAUGCAAUUAGCCCGCGGCCUACGCAUGUUCCAGUCGUCAUAUCACGGUAGAGGACUCCUGAACCAACAAGAAGAGGCAUAUAGAGCAAAAGAAGCAGCAGACAGAGCACCGAUCAGAGCGAAUAAUAUGGAUAGGGGUACAGUUGCGACUACUCAAGUAGAUGCAGAUGCCCUGGCACGUAGCCAACAGGCAGGAUACUUGAUGAGUCCCACGUUAUGGCUAGAGGAGUUUUUUGUUGACUAUGAAGAUCAGACGAUAUCUACUAUAUAG